AGAUGAUGGAGCUGCUGACUGGAGAGGUUCCUAUAAGGUGUCAGGAUGUCACUGUCUAUUUCUCUAUGGAGGAGUGGGAGUAUAUAGAAGGACACAAGGGUCUGUACAAGGAGGCCAUGAUGGAGAAGCACAAGCCUCUUAUAUCACGAGAGAAUUCCAGAAAACAUUUUAAAGGAAACUUGAUGUUACAACCAAAUUAUAAAGUAGAACGUGAAGAUAUCAUGCAGCGCUCUUCAGGAGGCAACUUUAUUGUACAUUCAGGACUUCCUAAUACAGAUCUAUCACAUAAUCGCCCUAAUCGUGAGGAACCAUCUCUUAACCAAUCACAGAUUGUUACUAAAAGUACAGGUCAGAAAGGGGGUAAAAGGUUUAAGUGUGGUAAAGAGUUUACAAAGAGAUCAAGUGUUUCUGCACAUAAAAGAAUUCACACAGUGGAGAAGCAAUAUUCAUGUUCACAAUGUAAGAAAUAUUUUACGGAUAAAUCAAGUCUUGUUAAACAUGACAGACGUCAUAGAGGAGAGAAGCCAUAUUCAUGUUCAGAAUGUGGGAAAUGUUAUACAAAUAAAUUCUAUCUGGUUAUACAUGAAAGAAUUCACACAGGAGAGAAGCCAUAUUCAUGUUCAGAAUGUGGGAAAUGUUUUACAAAUAAAUCACGUCUUGUUGGACAUGAGAGAAGUCACACAGCAGAGAAACCAUAUCCAUGUUCAGAAUGUGGGAAAUGCUUUAUAGAUAAAUCACGUCUUGUUCAACAUAAGAGAAUUCACACUGGAGAAAAGCCAUAUUCAUGUUCAGAAUGUGGGAAAUGUUUUGUAAAUAAAUCAAAUCUUGUUAAACAUGAGAGACUUCACACAGGAGAGAAGCCAUAUUCUUGUUCAGAAUGUGGGAAAGCUUUUCUACAGAAAUCACAUCUAGUUAGACAUGAGAGAAUUCACACAGGAGAGAAGCCAUAUUCAUGUUUAGAAUGUGGGAAAUGUUAUACAGAUAAAUCACAUCUUGUUUUACAUCAGAGGCUUCACACAGGAGAAAAGCUAUAUUCAUGUUCAGAAUGUGGAAAAUGUUUUGCACAAAAAUCAGAACUUGCUUCCCAUAAAAGACGUCAUACAGGAGAGAAGCCAUAUUCAUGUUCAGAAUGUGGGAAAUGUUUUGUAGAUAAAUCAAAUCUUGUUAAACAUGAGAGACUUCACACAGGAGAGAAGCCAUAUUCAUGUUUAGAAUGUGGGAAAGACUUUACAACUAAAUCAAGUCUUGUUGCACAUGAGAGACUGCACACAGGAGAGAAGCCAUAUUCAUGUUCAGAAUGUGAGAAAUGCUUUGCAGAUAAAUCAAGUCUUGUUAAACAUGAGAGAAAUCACACAGGGGAGAAACCAUAUUCAUGUACAGAAUGUGGUAAAUGUUUUGCAGAAAAAUCACUUCUUGUUUCACAUAAGAGAAUUCACACAGGGGAGAAACCAUAUUCAUGUUUAGAAUGCGGGAAAUGCUUUAGUCAUAAAUCAAGUCUUGUUAAACAUGAGAGAAUUCACACAGGAGAGAAGCCAUAUUCAUGUUCAGAAUGUGGUAAAUGUUUUGCAGAAAAAUCACUUCUUGUUUCACAUAAGAGAAUUCACACAGGGGAGAAACCAUAUUCAUGUUUAGAAUGCGGGAAAUGCUUUAGUCAUAAAUCAAGUCUUGUUAAACAUGAGAGAAUUCACACAGGAGAGACGCCAUAUGCAUGCUUAGAAUGUGGGAAAUGUUUUAAACAAAAAUCAGAACUUGUUUCCCAUGAGAUAUGUCACACAGGAGAGAAGCCGUAUUCAUGUUCAGAAUGUGGAAAAUGUUUUGCACAUAAAUCAAAUAUAGUUACACAUGAGAGAAUUCACACCGGAGAGAAGCCGUAUUCAUGUUCAGAAUGUGGGAAAUGUUUUGCAGAUAAAUCAGGUUUUGUUAAACAUGAGAGAGUUCACAAAAGAGAGAAGCCAUAUCCAUGUUCAGAAUGUGAGACAUGUUUUACUACUGAAGCCAAACUUAAGAAGCAUCAGGCAAGUCACAAAGGAGAGAAGCAGUUUUGAUGUUUGGUAAGGAAUUUAAAUGAUAAAACUCAUUGGAUCAGAAGAAACUAUAUUAUUUUUUGUAAUAACAAUGAAUUCUAACCUAGUUAUUCACAGACUGAUAAAUAACUGGCUACAUGUUAAAGUGUCCAUGCAGACAGCAAGUCUUAGAAUAGUUGCUCAACUUGCUGUCAUUUAGCUAUUUUUAGAGAUGAGAUCUGGCUGCUUUAGGAUAGGUCAUCAAUGGGGCUCGAGUGGACUUCCGGUGGCACUCGUGGGCUAGCGUUAGCAUGGAUCUGGCAGGCUGUUCCCCUGCUAACGUUUAUGUAAUGGUAGCCUUGGAUAUACAAAAUACUAAUAAUUUAGCGACAUCAAUAUCCUAUCGGCGGGGGUCCGACACCCGCAGCUCGCCGAUCAGCUGUAUGAUGGGAAGGCGCACACAGUGCGCAACUGCCGUCUCCUGUCUCUCUUUCUGUCCAGUGCUAUAUGUAUUGUGAGCAGGAUGAGAGACAGGAGAAGGCACUUGCGCACUGUGCGCGCUUUCCCGUGAUACAGCUGAUCAGUGAGCUGCGGGUGUCGGACCCCCGCCGAUAGGAUAUUGA